UCUGCAUUGUAAGUAGCUCUGAGAGCAGCAAGUGGUGGCUCUUUUUCAAACUGCUUUUGUUUUUGUGAGACGCAAAAGAAGAAGAAGAAGAAGAAGGAGGAGAAGGAGAAGAAUCGAGUCCUGAGAGUGCAGUUCGGGAAAAGUCUGCGUUUAACAACAACAACAAAAAGAAGCUGAGAGGAAAAGGGAGGAGAGAAGCCGGGAGGAACACAAGGCAGCAAUGGAUAGCGGAGUGGCUCGCUCUGACCCUGGGAUGGCCUGGAUUCACACACUGCUGCUGCCGCUGGCCACCGUCCAGCACACACACUAGGCUGCUAACGCCACCGAGCUCCCAUGUGCCCACUGAGCCAUGCUCCCUGGCUAUGGAUUCUCACCUUUUCCUGAUUUCCAGCCCCACCUUAGCGCUUUUCGCUGCCGAGGAGAGAGUCCCAGCAUGUGGAUCCCAGGCUCAGGAGAGUCCCCGGGUCUGAGCGAGGCCCAGGAGGACCGGCCUCUCCUCCAUCCAUGCCACCACAAGCAUGUCGCUGUGUGCCAGCAGGAAACGUUGGCUUUUAUUGAACUCCAACCACCAACGACUCCUAAACUAAACGGCUUCGCCUCUCCGAGGCCGACCGUGACUCCAGACGCACAAUGCACGACACACUCUCUGCCGCUGAACGGCUUCAGUCACACGCUGAAUGAACUGAAUGAGCUGCAGAAUGGCUGUCACAGAACAGACAGCGAGCGUGAAACACAUCUGGACUCUCUCACACAUGCUGCAGGUGACGGCGAGCUGCUCGAAUGCCAGAAUGGCAGCAGGACUUUACAGGAGCAGAGUGAAAAGCCUCGGACCGUCACAACAGUGUGUCGUCCUCUCCACGCAGCGCUCAGCCUCCCUCUGUCGUUCCCUCUGUCCUCUCUGUACACAAACCGAGACUCCUGGGAAGCUCAGGUGCCUUGCUCCCCGUCCUCACCUGAAUAUCCUGGGUUUCAGGAUUCCUGCCAGCCUCAGAGGAGAACGUCACAAGGUUCACUGAAAGAGAAGUCUAUCCGGAGAAAAGUGCAGGUUUAUUCCCCAGACAGUCUGAGUGACGAGUCACUCGGCAGCCCAGUCCUGGAUGCAGAAUACAUCUUUCCUGGACCUUUUGCGUCCUUCCUGGAAGAGGACCUCAGUGGAUUAUCCUCUUUGGAGGCCGUUUCAAGUCCUUCACCCACAGACGGUGUCACGGAUCUGCCGAACCUCAGUCAUGACGAUAUUUUUAGUCUACCUUCAGAACCUCUGCACAUAAUAGAGGACUCGAUACCAGGAGUGGAGGAGGACAGAGGGAGCGUGGACACAUCCAUCGUCGCAGGCGGGAGCUUUGUGCCUCGAGGCCGUCAAGGGGACCAAGAACGGCGGCGCUUCUCGGCUUCAGAGCUGAUAUCCAGACUGCAGCUGUCUCAGAGGAAGAACUCGUUCACCCUGAAGCUGGGGAAGUCGCUGUCUGCCCGAGUAGCCUCCAGGGACAGACAGAGCUCCAACAGCCUCGGCCCAAACCCCGACUAUAAGUCCAACUCCAGACAUCGCAGCUCAGGAGGUUCUAGCGAUAGCGCCCCUCACAGUCCUGUAGGACCGGCACCUCCACUGCCCUGCACUGACAAUGGGAUACAUCGGUGGAGCACAAAACUUGGAAUGCGAAAGAAAUCCAUCGAGGAGGAUGUGGCCACACUCCCAUCUGUUCCCAGCUCAAAUCGACUAUCAAGGUUUCUGCCAAGUUCGAUAUUGUAUCAGGAAUACAGCGACGUCGCCAUCAACAGAGAGAUCCAGAGGCAGCAAGGGAAGGAGCCCGGCACAGACGAGGAGGGCCUCAGAGACGAGGGCUCAGAUGGAACCCCGUCUCCAUCCAAUCUGUCUCCAUCCAGCUCCUUUCGUUCCUCGCGAGGAUCUGCUUUUGCUCUGUGGCAGGACAUACCUGAUGUUCGAACCAGCGGUCAGCUCGACAACUUCAGCAACGAGGAGAGAAAACUGCAGGAGGCAAAGUUUGAGUUGGUGACGUCUGAGGCUUCGUACAUCCGUAGCUUGACGAUCGCCGUGGACCACUUCAUGCUGUCACAGGAGCUCGCUGAGUGUCUCGGGACUCAGAAUAAGCAGUGGCUCUUCUCCAAGCUGCCUGAAGUCAAAGAUGUCAGUGAGAGGUUUCUCCAGGACCUGGAGCACAGGCUGGAGGAGGACAUUCUCAGAUUUGAUGUGUGUGACAUCGUUCUGGACCACUGCCCAGCUCUGAGAAGGGUUUAUUUACCUUACGUAACCAACCAGGCUUACCAGGAGCAGACAUACCAGCGCUUGCUGCAUGAAAACCCUCGUUUCCCCGGCAUCCUGGCUCGCUUGGAGGAGGACCCCAUCUGCCAAAGACUUCCUCUGACCUCGUUUCUCAUCCUCCCGUUUCAGAGGAUCACUCGCCUUAAAAUGCUGGUGGAGAAUAUCCUGAAGAGGACGACGCCAGGCUCUCGAGAUGAGGACACCGCCACAAAAGCUUUCAAUGAGCUAAAAAAGAUCAUCAAAGAAUGUAACUCCAGUGUGCAGUCAAUGAAGAGGAUGGAGGAACUCAUCCACCUUAACAAGAAGAUUCACUUUGAGGGCAAGAUCUUCCCACUGAUCUCUCAGUCCCGCUGGCUGGUGAAACACGGCGAGCUGCUGGAAGUGGACACUCAGACGAUGAGCAUCUCUGGAUCGAAGCUCAAGUUGCCCACCAAGCCCGUUUACCUCCACCUGUUCAACGACUGCCUGCUGCUGUCCCGGAGGAAGGAUACGUGGAAGUUCAUGGUGUUUGUGCACGCCAAGAUAGGAGAGCUGAAAGUCAAGGAUCUCAGUCAGAAGCUUCAAGGCAUCUCAGGCUUCAUCUUCCACCUGCAGCUGUGUGAAGGCCCGCAGCUCAAACACCAGAUCCUGCUGAAGUCACACACCGAGAGCGGGAAGCAGAGAUGGAUCACGGCCAUGUUUCCGUCGGACCCACGCGAAGACAUCGAGCAAGCCAGCGAGAAUGAGGACAUAUCCCAGGUUCAGUGCAUCAAAAGCUACCAGGCCCAAGAGCACGACGAGCUAACACUGGAAAAAGCCGACAUCCUUCACGCUAAGACCAUCACAUGUGACGGCUGGGUGGAAGGCAUCCGGCUGUCGGACGGGGAGCGGGGCUGGUUCCCCAAAACCUACGUGGAGGAGAUCACGAGUCGCAGCGCUCGCCUCCGCAACCUCCGAGAAAACAUCCGCAUCAAGUGCGUCACACAGAAACUGAAGGGAGAGAACUGACUGUUCCUGCUGCCACCUGCUGUGUGUCGAAGCUGCGUUUUAGUUGUUAAGGUGCAUUCUUCAGCUUCUGGAUGAUUGUUGUAGCUUUAGAUGGACGUGGGGCCUUAACCAGUACGCAACAGGACAACAUGCUUCCAAACUGUGUGUGACUGGUGUCCAUUAGCAUGCUAGCGUCGAUGACAUGAUGAUACUUUUAAGCUUUUAACUUUAAAUUCUCGGUUUUAAGAGGCUUUUAUACGGCGAGAAUCUGUUGACAGAAGUCCAUGUUUUUAAGCGUUUUGCCGCCAUGCUGAAGUUUCUAAACGUUGUAGGAGCCAUUAGUUUAUGCUUUCUGUGAAUAAAUACCAACACCGUUUUAAGGCCUGUGGUAUAUGUACCUGCACAUUUAUCACCACACCUGGUAAAUGUUCACAUAUUCAGCAGCAGAACGACGUCGUCUCAAAGUCUGUCACUGCCGUUCUUCCUGUAGUCCCUCUGACCAUCCUGUGCAGAGCUCUGUGAGGAGAUUCAGUCAUGCUCUUAACCUGUGGAUUAUUUCCAUCAACAUGCUGAGGUUAAUUGGUGAUUCUAAAUUGUCCGUAGGUG